AUGGCCGAUCAUGUUGAGCUCACCGGUGCCAGCCCAUCUCUAGCGCCACACCGACCACCACCACCUCCAGCCGAGCAUCCUGCCGCCGACGACGUAGAGAUCGUGGAGUUGUGCGAUGAGUCGGAGUGGGAGUCGGCGUCGGAGGCGGAUCAUGAUGAUGAGGAGGAGGAGGACGAUCAGAUUGACUUGAAUAUUGAUCCGAGAGACUUCCUGUUGGGUCCCCUGGGAAUUGAUAUCCCAGAGGACAACUUUGUAGAGGAGCCAUCUCCUUCGAUCUCCAUCCCAUCCUCAGCUGGUGCUGCUAGAAGAAGAGGAUCGCCAGGGGUAGGAGAUCUCGGGGAGCGUCCGUUGAGAACUCCGGACAGCGAGAUCUCAUACAGAGUUUCGCCGAUGGUGACACCUCCCAACCGGAUUCAGCUCGCCUCGCCAACCUCGGCUGGUAGUGCUUGUCGGCGUCCGUCCCCGAGACCGUGCACGCCUUCUAGGCCACGUAACCAAGAAUGGUACAACUCGGUGCGGCGAAGACUCUGUGUUCCACCAAUGGAGGCUUCAGACACCUCGGAUGCCUCAGGACCCAGCAGCCAAUCGGAAGAGGAGAGAAGUCCGACGAGAAGAGGGGUCCGAUUCUCGCUCCCUGAUCUUUACCAAGAAGGACCAUCAACGUCCGCAGCAGGCGAACCAUCACGCAGAAGGCCCCGAUCGCCAGAGGAGUCAGAAGCUUCUGGAUCGACGUCAAAGAAACAAAGGGGAGAAGAGCCGAAGGAUGAGAAGCCAAAAGAGGAAUAA